AUGCAUUCCAAGUCUCGCAUGAACGUGAAUAUGGAGUGGGAAGAAAAAUCAGGUCUUAGAAUAGGUCCUGAUGUGCGUUAUGUGGGUGAACCAAGCUGGCUGCUCACAGCGGACAUCGGCCCCCUGCGCCUGCUAGCACUGCCCUGUGCCUGGAGUCCCAUCGGACCCCUCCUGAGGCCUCUUCUGUCAUUGCCUCUCCUGCAGCUGCUCCAUGCGGAGAAUACCGAGCGGCUGUAUUCGGUGGUGUUUCAGGAGAUCUGUGACCGCUACCAGAAGACUUACGGCUGGGACGUGAAGUCCCUGGUGAUGGGUAAAAAGGCCUUGGAGGCUGCCCAGAUCAUCAUCGACGUCUUGGAACUGCCCAUGACCAAAGAGGAGCUGGUGGACGAAAGCCAGAGGAUGCUGGAGCAGGUGUUCCCCACGGCGGCGCUCAUGCCAGGUGCGGCCUCCUCCCUGUGCUGGGGAGUAGUUGUGAACACGAGCGAGGCUUUUGCAAGUCGCUUCGCAAGUCGAGAGCACAGGGCAUGCUUAGUGGGCCUUCUGCCUGGUUAA